AGCACUAUGUCUGCACCUGCCGCCAGCAAUGGGGUCUUCGUCGUCCUCCCACCCAGCAAUGCCAGCAGCCUACGCCCGCCUCCAGCCAUGCUACCCCCCUCCAUGUGCCAGCCCCCAGGGGUGAUGCAAUUCGAGGAGCCACCACUGGGGGCGCAGACACCUCAGACCACCCAGCCGCCAGACCUCCGGCCUGUGGACGCGUUCCUGACCGGAGAGCCCAAAGCGUUAGGGACCGUGCAGAUCCUCGUAGGCCUCAUCCACCUGGGCUUUGGUAGUGUGCUGCUCACGGUCCGCCGCGGCCCGCUGGGGAUGCUGUUCAUAGACGGCGGUGUCCCCUUCUGGGGAGGAGCCUGCUUCAUCAUCUCCGGGUCCCUGUCAGUGGCUGCCGAGAGGAAGCAUACCAGCUGCCUGGUAAGGAGCAGCCUGGGCACCAACAUUCUCAGCGCCAUGGCAGCCUUUGCUGGGACGGCCAUUCUGCUCAUGGACUUCGGGGUCACUCAUUGGGAUGUGGGCAGGGGCUAUCUGGCCGUGCUCACCAUCUUCACCAUCCUGGAGUUCUUCGUCUCGGUCAUUGCUACCCACUUUGGGUGCCAAGCCACCCGCAACCGAGCCAACAUGCCCGUGAUUUUCCUCCCGAACGCCUUCAGCACGGACUUCAGCAUCCCCAGCCCAGCUGCCUCCCCACCCCCCGCUUAUGACAACGUGGCGUAUAUGCCCAAGGAGUCAUCCGAGUAG